GGAAAACAGCCGUCUGUUAGCCUGUAAGCUAUAUCUGUGAAAUCGCGGAGGUAAGCCAAAACAAGACGGAAAUUCGCUAGUCUUCCAACAAGACAUUAGUAAAUAAGAGAAUGGACAACGACGGGCCGUCGGACAAAACCCAAAAGAGGCAGAGAGAACCCUUGGAGGAGAAUGUGUUGGCCUCGAAUGAGCUUGAGAAUGUGCUGAAGAGGAGGCGAUUGGCUGCAGAAGGAGUUGAGAAUCAGAACCCUGUGCAGCCACUGGCAGGUUCCCCAGCCAGAUCUCGACGGCUUGAGUUAGAGGUGAAGCCAGAUACACCGGCCAUAGCAUCCAUUCGUCUCAGGGUGCAGCAGCUCACGCAGAGACGAGAUGGUGUGGCUGCAUUGGUUCAGCGCUGUAUGUCAGACCCAGGGGCAGAGAGUCCCUCCAGCAGCUUACUUAGCGAUGUCUGUCACAUUGGUGAGGGUGAGUUUACCUCUCGGUUGGAACGCUUUAAGACUCCCACCCCAGACAGCAGUCCAGUCCCCUCCACGCCUUGCGCGCGCCAACUUUCCAGCUUUGUGCACAAUAUGCAGCAGCAGCUUAAUACCACAGUGACCCCCAGCACUAAGGAGGCAACCCGUAUCCGUCAGGCUAGAGAGGAUGAACUGAAGUUGCUGAGAGUUCAGCCCCUCACAGAGAACAUGUGGCUCAAAAGGAGCUUGUCUGACUCUUCUCUUGCCGAGGAUGACUCAAACAUUGACUCGAAGGAGGCUGAAUGCAGCACAAGCUUCAGUGGUGUAAAUGAAGUGAUAGGAGACAGCCUCAGUGACACAUCUGCCUUAGCUGGAGACCUACAGUCCCGUUGCAAAGAGUUUUGUCUUUCAGAAUCUAUGAUGCACCCUAAUGAAGAAAUAAGCACGUCUGCAUUAAUAGACAAGAUGUUUGAAGAUGUCUUGCAAGCUGCUGACAAAGAAGAAGAAGGGGAGAAAGGGACGGAGACAGUGAAUGAGGAAAGUCUUUCCAAGCCCAAAAAAAGAGAGAAUGCUGACAUGGAGGUAGCUGAAACUGAGCAGAAAGAGAAAUCUUCUAGUUUUCUAUUUUCUUGUUUUGGGGAGGAUGGCAUGAGCAAAGAAUCAGCUCAUCGCUGUGCUGAAUGGGAAGAGGAGGACGGUGUAAAUUCUACUGAAGGACAGGAAAUUGAUGAAGAGAAUGUCUGCAGUAAGAGAGAGGAGGAAAUUAAGGAAGAAAGUACUCCAAUGUCUAAUGAGGAGGACUUCCUAACUCUCCCACCUACAUGUGUCCUCUCUCCUCUCAGCAAAUCGGUGGAGGCUGUUGUUACACCAUUGAGGCUUGUAGCCACUGUGCCUACACACACAGUGCAGUGUCCCUCUCCAGAGGAGGUAACCACACCUUCUUCUGACAGUGCUCCACCUCUUUACAGCAUUGAUGCUUACCGCUCUCAGAGAAAGAACAGUCAUCUAGCCUCUCAGUGUGUAACUCCUGGGAUACAGAAACAGGCUCCUUUGAAGUCUUAUAUCAAGCCAACUAUCAAUACUAAGGAGACUAUCAAGGCACUGAGUGAAGAGGCUGCCAAACUGCAGACUGUUAUUAACCAAACUCUGCAGGCUCUGAGCUGUUGCAGUGAUGAAGAACAUGGCAAAGGAUCCCUGCAAGAGGCAGAAGCUGAAAAACUCCUGCUUGUUUCCAGUGAGAAGCAUGCUGCCCUGCUGGCGGAGAUCAGCAGACUGAGAGAGGGAGCGGGAGCAGAGUUGGACUCCAGCACGGUCUCUCUGCAGCCCUGCAGGGGAACUGUCAGCAUCAGCAGUGUCCAACUGCCCCUCAAAGUGGAGUUUGUGUGCUCUGCCCGCACAGGUCGUCCUACUCACUACUUUUUCAUCCUGAUCCGUUAUGGUCCAUGUAACAUUGUGGCCACCCCAUUGGCUACAGCUGCUGAUGCCGAGAAUGGAGACACUAUCACCUUUCCCACCUCCAUCACCUUACAGGACAUACGCUCCAAUUUUGAGAUUGAUAUAGAAGUUUACAGCCUGUCCAGUAAUGCAGGUCAUACCUGUGCUGCUAAUCUGCAGCAGCUCCGCAGCUCUACUAAAUCACGAGUAACACCAAGGAAGCUACUCAGCAGCAUUACGAAAUCCAACCCAGGUUUGACCUCUGGAGCGCUGCCUGUUCUUGGCUCUCGUCGGACCAGUAACUUCAGUUUAGUGGGCUCUCACAAAAUCACCCUGGCCUCCCUUGGACAGAGCAAGUUCACACUAGAUAAGAUGAAGUUUGAGGGCAAAAUCAGGCGACUCCUUGGAGAUGAGUUUCAGGAAAAGGUGCCCUUUCUGUCUCCUCUGGAGGGUCACAUCUACCUGAGACUGCACAGUGAGAGCCACUCCAAUGUACAACACCAAGGCUUUCUGACCAUGUUUGAGGAUGUCAGUGGGUUUGGAGCAUGGCAGCGCCUCUUCUUUAAGCUAGAAGGAGGAUUCUUCUUCUAUUGGAACCAUCCCAAUGAGAUGGCCGACAAGCCAGCAGAGGGUAGCAUAUCUCUGUGUGGCUUUGACUGUGUGAGACCCGUAGAGAGAGACUCCUGUGCACGGCCUCAUACCUUUGAACUGGUGAACUCUAGGACCCUGCAACAAGACAACAGCCACAUUUUGACCAAGAGCUGGUUCUCAGCAGACACUCGGGAGGAGCGUGUUGACUGGAUAGAGAAACUUAGCCAGGUGCUGUUGGAUCUUCACACGUGGUGUCGACAACCUAGUGCCAGUGAGACUGAUCCAGCUAACACCUCCUCUAACACUGCGGCAUCUCGUGAGAGCAUCCUGUAACAUGUUAUUGUUACAUUCCCUGAAAACUAAAAUCUCUAAAGAAAUCUGAAGGUAUUUUCUGCUUUUACACUACAUGAAGGGCAGAAAAGCAUGGUCUACUAGACAUCAGAGGGUAAACCAAGCACUGUAGGCCAAGAGCUGGCGGGCAAUGUUAGGUGUGUAAAUAGAUACGCUUUUUAAAUCUCAGAAGGUGUAAGAAUGACAUUCUUUUCCAGUGUAAUUAUAAACAUGGAGGAAGUACCAUUGAUUAUACAGAUAAAAUACAACCUGCUUUAUGUGAAUCCCAGGGAAUUCUAAGUGCCUCUGUCAUUGAUUUAUGUGCUGCCCUGUUUGAGCACCGCUGAUUUUGAUUGCCAAGUCUCAGUGGAGGAUUUUCUCAGGCUGAUGUAAAGCGAAAGCGAUCAUUUGCAGCCAGAUAAGUUAACUGUUUUUUAUGUCAACAGAAUAUUUGUUGAAUAGGUUAAUGCUACUAUGGAUCUUUUUCAACUCUAGAAGGACACUACAAAUGUCAUAGGUGUUUUUGCCUCCCCACCCCCCACCCAACAACCACCCCACCCCCCCACCCAACAACCACCCCACCCCCCCCAAGCACUUCUUAAUGGAUGGCCUUAAGAUACAGACCAUCAAGGGAGCAUCAGUUUUAUUUGCAUUUUUUUGUGCUUAAUCUGUCCUAAACGUUAUUAUAAGAGUAGCAUUUAUCAUUUUAUUGUCCUUUACAGUGAGUGACAUCUGAUUGUGAAUGGGUUUGAUCAGUGGUUAGAUUAUAUAUCAAGGAUUUGUUUGGGAGUUCUGUCAUAUGCCUUGUAUUCUGUCAAUUGUAGCAUAUUGGGAGUAAAUCUAGAACCUUUUAAGGUUUUCUGUAACAUACUGAAGCAUGUUUCGGUGUAUGGUGAAGUAGUUGUAUCGAAGACAUCAAACUGUAGAUUACACGUCUGCUACACUGAGCAUUCUGCAGGCUAGGGUGGAGUGGCAUAUGUGCUUGACACUGAGGAUGUGUUCUGUCUUGUACGCUAUAUUACAGAGAUUUAAAACAAAUAACUAAAAUUGUGGUUUACUGCUUGUCUUUGUUGGUGACAGCUGUAUUUCUGGAUUGGUCUAACUCUCUUGACUGGAUUAGACCCUCAGGUUGGAUACUGCAAUGAUUAAUGAAACAAACUGCAUAAAACAUCUUGUUGAACAGAUUAUUAUCUAUGUAUUGUGUUUCUUGUCUGUAUGUAUUCUUCAAGGUCUUUUCAUAUUCUGUCUGUAUGUUAUUCUUCCUUUGUUAACCAUCUCUAUGCAAUACAGUAUUCAUACGGUAUGGGUACUACAGAAUAAAUAUGGUUAUGAUGACCUAGAA